GAAAUGCAGCGAUGCAAAAAUAUAAACUGUGGUAAUUGAUUUGUUUUGGUUCGGCACUUGCCGCAUCGAUGCAUUUAAACCGAUUUCUCUUGAAAUUAGUCUCAUUAUUAAAACAAUAAUGUUACUUUCAAGCAUUGUAACAUCUCAGAUUUGUUCAAGAUGCACUCGUCUAGCAAAGACAACAACCAGAUACCUCUCCAGUCAACUGUGGUCCGAUGCUCCAUCGCCGCUGCGGCAUCGAUGGUGGGUUGCUGAGGGGAGCUCGCAACAGUCGCCGCAUCAGGUAAGUACGUCGUGUCGUGGUGGAGCUGUGGCGGGUGGCACUUGGAAACGGAUUGUUUUGCCUCAGUUGUGCUUCAAUAGCAAUCUCCAGCAACGAUCGUACGCGGCGGCGAUCUUGGAAACACGUCGUCAACCACUGCACAGUAGUAGUGCCAGUGCCAUUGGAUCGCCACAAUCAGUUUCACCGGUUCCGCCAGCAUCAGCCAAGAAGCGAAAAAUGGUCGUAAAACUAACCGAAGAGCAGCGCAAGGAGCAGCUGCAGCCACUGUUUGACGCCGGCUGGACCAUGGUCACCGGGCGGGAUGCCAUCUACAAGGAGUAUCUGUUCAAGAACUUUAACGAAGCGUUCGGCUUCAUGACCCGCGUGGCUCUACUGGCCGACAAGAUGGACCACCACCCGGAGUGGUUCAACGUGUACAACAAGGUGCAGGUCACUCUGGCUACCCACGAUUGCGGCGGGUUGAGCGAACGGGACGUCAAGUUGGCCAAGUUCCUGGAGGAAGCCGCUAGCAAAUAUUGAGAGUGGAUCGAGAGUGAAACGCAACACAUGUUAUACAGUUGUUGUAGUUGUAUUUUAACCUUAAGAUGUUAAUCAGUCACGAUGAAUAUAAAACAAUUUUCCUGCUGAA